GGUUGAGUUCGUUACCGAAAUUGAAGGCCGUGGCACUGUCAAAUUCUUCACCCACCUCAAGGAGGACGAGUUUGAGUACGUCGACGGCAAUGAUGAUUGAGGUGUUAUUCCUGACUAGCUUGGCUACUGUGGAUGUUAUUCCUCUGUUCCUUGCAACAGCUUUUGAUCUACAAGUUGAUGAUCAAGAUUCGGUGAUAUCAUCCCUAUCGUCUAGAGGAAAAGAGCAGCCUACUUCUGAAGCUGAACCUGCUGUUAGUAUUCAGCAUAUUCCAAGUGGCAUCAAAGUGCAAUCAUCAGGGUUGCUGGUGGAGGAUUGGAACCCAUCCAAACAACUAAUGAGGCCAGUAAUUACUAAGGAUGAUUCAUAUCUUGAGAGUUACAUCAGCACCAUUGGAAUUGACUUUAAAAUACGUACUGUGGAGCAGGACGGGAAGACAAUUAAGCUUCAAAUUUGGGACACCGCUGGGCAAGAACGUUUCAGGACAAUAACUAGCAGCUACUACCAUGGUGCUCAGGGAAUUAUAGUGGUAUAUGAUGUAACAGAUCAAGAGAGCUUUAACAAUGUCAAACAAUGGUUGAAUGAAAUUGACCGCUAUGCUAGUGAAAAUGUCAACAAGCUUCUGGUUGGGAACAAGUGCAACCUUACAACACACAAAGUUGUCUCUUAUGGGACAGCUAAGGCCUUUGCUGAUGAAAUUGGGAUACCAUUCAUGGCUAUGGCUGCUGAGGUCAAGAAUAGGAUGGCAAGCCAACCUACUAUGAACAAUGCCAGGUCUCCAGUGGUGCAGCUCCUAGGACAACCUGUUGCUCAGAAGACUGGAUGCUGCUCCUCUUAGAUUGAAAUAUUUAUUGGUACUGUGUCGCCUGCUCAAUGGCAUGUAAAAGUAGUUGUCUUUUCUUUCUACUUGAGUUCUAAACGACUGAUCACUUCCAACCCACUUUAUCAUGAUUUGCUUUUCAUUUUGGUUGCUUCAGAUUGUUGCUAAAAUCCAUUCUUUUCAACUACUUGAUUCUAAGAAGGCAUGUACAAAUCAGAAAUAUUAGUUGCAGUUAUUUCUUUUCA